UCGAAGAUGCAUCAAGGCAAGUAUGGCUGCGCCCAUUCUUAAGUGGAAGCGGGUCACUAAUACGACGGGCCUACAGCCUAGACCGCGGCAUGGGCACCGAGCAGUGGCUAUUAAGGAUCUGAUGGUGGUGUUUGGUGGCGGCAAUGAGGGAAUAGUGGACGAGCUGCACGUCUACAACACAGCCACCAAUCAGUGGUUUGUGCCGCCCGUGAAGGGAGAUGUACCGCCAGGAUGUGCUGCCUAUGGCUUUGUGGUGGAUGGAACCCGCAUCCUUGUCUUUGGUGGCAUGGUGGAAUACGGGAAGUACAGCAAUGAACUGUAUGAACUCCAGGCGUCCCGGUGGGAGUGGAAGCGUGUCAAGCCUCGGCUGCCCCGUAAUGGCUUCCCACCCUGCCCCCGCCUGGGACACUCCUUUACCCUCAUUGGCAACAAGGUGUUCCUCUUUGGUGGACUGGCCAAUGACAGCGAGGACCCCAAGAACAAUAUCCCCAAGUACCUUAAUGAUCUUUACACACUGGAGCUGAGGUCAAACUCAAACGUCAUGUCGUGGGACAUUCCUGACACCUACGGAUCACCACCGCCGCCGCGAGAGUCACACACGGGAGUGGCGUACACCAGCAAGGACAAGCCCAAGCUGGUGAUUUAUGGCGGCAUGAGUGGCACGCGACUUGGGGACUUGUGGAUCCUGGAUAUAAACACCAUGAACUGGGAACGGCCAACAGUCAGUGGGAUUCACCCUCUGCCUCGCUCCCUGCACUCGGCCACACUGCUUGGCACUAGAAUGUUUGUGUUUGGCGGCUGGGUUCCCCUUCUGAUGGAGGAGGUGAAGGGACCCAUCAAUGAAAAGUCAGAGUGGAAAUGUACCAACACCUUGGCUUGUUUGAAUUUAGAAACCAUGGCAUGGGAGGAUGUCUUGAUGGACAAGUUUGAGGAGCAGAUGCCGCGUGCCAGAGCCGGCCACUGCUCUGUUGGCAUCCACACGCGCCUCUUUGUGUGGUCCGGCAGGGAUGGCUACAGGAAGGCUUGGAACAAUCAGGUGUGCUGCAAGGACCUGUGGUACUUGGAGACCAGUGUGCCGGGCUCCCCAGGGCGUGUGCAGCUGGUGAGGGCUUCCACAUCGACCCUGGAGGUGUGCUGGGGCGCCACACCCACUGCUGAUGCCUACCUCCUGCAGAUACAAAAAUAUGAUAUUCCAACUCCAGCCUCCACUGCAUCAACUCCCACCACCCCCACCAGCACCCCUGCCACCCCAGGCACCCCUGUCAGCAAGCCCAUCACUCUCACCCAGACUGUGCUGCGGCCAGCUACCCCCGGGGCCGUCACCCCUGGGGCCCCCACCCCCCUCACACCUACCUCACCCCAGACAAUCAGAGCCAGCGGCAACAUUGUGCGCGUCCGAACACCUGGAGCUGGCCAGAUCAAGGUCAUUGGCGCCGGGGGCCAGACCACACAGAUUCUGCGGCCAGCAACCACUACCACCACCACUUCCCAGAGCGGGAUGACAGGGAUCGCUGCCCUGGCUGCCGCCGCUGCUGCCACCCAGAAGAUCACCACCAGCACAGGGGCUGCUGCUUCCCCCACAACAGUGAAGGUGGUGCAGCCCAACACCCUGGUGACCACUCCGGGACUCAAGGUGGCCACAACCAUUGCUGGCCAGACUGUCAGACUCGUGGCACCAACAGGACAGUUUCUGAAUAACCAGGGAACCACCGUGGCUACUCCAGGAGGCAAGCAGUUCAUCCUGCAGAAGAGUGUUGUGCCUGGAUCACAGCCUCAGAUUGUCACCCUUGUUAAGACUAGUAAAGGCCUCACCCCUAUGUCCAAGGUGAAUUUGGUGCAGAGUAAAGCUGGUGUUGCUGGCCAAGGAGCAACCAUUGUUAAGUUGGUCACCACACAGGCUGGAGGAGCUGGGAAACCUGUCAUGACCACCACCACCUCCCAACCCGGACAGAUCCUGAGCCUCCCUGCAGGUACUCAGGCAGCAGGGAAGGGCGUUGGGCAGGGCCAGAAUAUUGUCAUCGCCAAGCAGCAGCUCGGCACUACUACCGUCGGUGGGAAGCAGACAAUAGUAAUAACCAAGCCUGGCACGGGAGGACCUAGCGGAGUGCGGCCCCAAACCUCCCAAAUCAUUGUGGUUACAACAGCCUCAGCAGUGAGGGGCCUGCAGCCGGCCGCCACCACCCCCAUCACCACCCCAGCAGGAGCACAGCCUGCCCAGGUGUCUGCUGGUGGGGGUGUUAAGAUGAUUGUGGUGUCGUCUGGGGGUGUUGGAGGCACCACCACCACCCAGGCCAUCACCAAGCCCAUGACCAUCACUGUGGCAGGCCAGGCUGGCCAGGCUGGUGCCAACACCAAGACGGUCACCAUAGCUGCCAAAACUGGCACACCAAGCACCACUGCACUCCUCAACACAGGCUCAGGACAGAUUAUUGCAGUGCCAACACAAGGGCUUCUGCAGACUGGCCAACAAGCAUUGACCAUUGGGGGAAAACCUGUAACAGUACAAGUGACAACGACUGGUGGCCAGAAGACUGUGACCUUGGUGACCUCCCAGGCAAGCAGCCAUGCCACCACCACCACCACCAGCUCAGCCACCUCCAGCCAGCCCUCCACCUCCCUGGCCAGUGCUGGGGACGGGCCAGUGACCUCAGACGCCGCCCUGGCUGCGCUGGCCGCCGAGGCAGGCCUGAUCAUGCCCACAGAGGGUGACCAGAGUAGUGAACAGAUGGCCACGGGUGCUGGGACACAGGAAAACACAGAAAGCAGUACAUUACAGAACAGUGGGGAGGGGCAACUUGGGGAUGCAGCAAAGGCGGCCAUCAAGGGUGGCGUGGCCGACCCCACAGCGGAGGGUGGGGAGGCAAAGCGGCUGGAGGGAAACAGUGUCAGUGGUGAGGGCAGUGAAAACACGAUAAAACAGGAACCCAUGGACCCCGACGGCAUGACAGAGCCCACCAACCCCGCAACGGCAACGGCAAGUAGCAGUGGGGAGGCUGGCGACACCACGGACCCCCUGGCCACCCUGGCAUCAGCCGCCAUCAACUCCUCCCUCAGUACAACCACCCCGACCAUUAAGACAGAGGAACCCACCCCUACCUUUGCCAACGGCCUCACACAGGAGUCGAAUGACACCAAGAAGCCAGAGUCUGACUGGUUUGAUGUGGGCAUUAUCCGAGGGACCGUAUGCACAGUACAAGCCUACUACCUUCCCACCGAGGCCGAGGCCAUCAAGAACGAGACCUACACGGACGCUGAGGGGGAGGUCACCGAGAGAAAAGCCAGCGGCAUUGAGGUGAAGCUUCAGCCCGGUACAGCAUACAAGUUCAGGGUGGCAGGGAUCAAUGCCUGUGGACGAGGGCCCUGGAGUGAAGUGUCUGCCUUCAAGACCUGCCUCCCCGGCUACCCUGGGGCACCAUCAGCCAUCAAGAUCUCCAAGUCAACUGAGGGUGCCCACCUGUCCUGGGAGCCGCCUCAGAAUGCUGCUGGGGACAUUGUGGAGUACUCUGUGUAUCUGGCCAUCAAGAAUGCCGCCAAUCAGCAACAGGAGACUGGGAGCGGUGGUGCACACCUUGCAUUUAUGCGUGUAUACUGUGGUGCCAGCAACAUGUGCACAGUGCUCAACUCUCAGCUGGCAGCAGCACACAUCGACACCACAAACAAGCCUGCCAUCAUUUUCCGAAUAGCUGCCAGAAAUGACAAAGGCUACGGCCCAGCCACUCAAGUCAGGUGGUUGCAAGACUCUGUGGUGGGCAGUGCAGCUGGGGGCCAAAAGGCAGUGAUGCGGCGACCAGCAACAGACAACAGAUCACCAGUAACUGUGAAGAAGUUCAAGGCCGACGGGGAGCCAAUGCUAUAGUACUGACUGAGAGACAUCGGCAGUCUGGGAUCUGUGGGCUUAGCUACGAGAAUGUGAACUUUGUGUCUUUGGUCAAGAUUUCUUUCUGAAUAUCCAAGUGCCAAAGGUCAGGUUGAGAUGACUGUUGGUGUUCAGAGAGGCCCAAGUCCCCUGGCCAUGGGUGUCCAGCUGCCGGUGGUGGGUUGGGGGUUAGACUGCCACAUGCAGGAUGGAUUAACUUUUAUGAUAUUAAGUAAGGAGAUUACAGUAAGUUGUCUCACACAGAGAGUAGAGAGCAAUGACCCACUUUCUCCUGUUCGUCGGUAAGUGUUGCCUCCUGUUGAUCUGAACCAAAUAUAUGUUGCUAAGUGAUAAUGGGUCAAUGUCCCAUGACUUGAUUUAAUUUAUAAAACUACUUUAAUGUACAUUUAAGGUCCAUCCAAACUGUUAAUUUCAUGUAAAUGUUUGUGUCCCAGCUCUGUAUCCUAGAAAAUAGACAUUGAAAGGCAUUCAGUGAAUGCCCUAAACAUUGUUUUCCAAAGUUUAAAACUUUGUAUUCACGUUUAGUCCCUGUCUCCAUGUGACAUGGAGAAGACCCUCCCCUGUGACUUACCUGUGCCUGGGAGCCACGGGGGUGUGACCCCCAGUGGAGGAGGAGCUCAGCGUUGCCAGUGUGGCCUCCUGGCCGUGGCAACCAGCUGCCACCCAGCAUGUUUUGUUUGUUUCCCACAAGGUCAUCUCAUGUCACCUCAUUACUCAUCUGUAAAUUACAGGGCCUCCUAAAAUUUUGUAAUUAAGGAUAGUUCUUUAAUUUAGUAGAGUUAUUUUCUCAUGACAGUUGCAGCAAAGUGAUUUGCUAAUGAUGUGGUUAUGCAUUGGAGUACAUCACACUUGGAUAAAUGUUCCAUUGUAGAUAUCAGUCCGUGUUGAAUUGCUUAAGGACUACAGAAUCAAUUAAUCUCAUUUUUUUACGUGUAUACUAAGGUUGAUGAAGCAGCCCUUUUUGAUUGGGUUUGUAAAUGACGAGAAGGGCCACGAGUACAAAGGUGUGUGGUGUGGUGGGUGGCUGGCCCUGGUGUGUGCACACUCCUCCACCCUCUUCCAGGCUUCUCCAUGCCUCAUGUCAAGGCAUGGCUCAUCAACCUUCCAAUGUUCACAGCUUUUUUGUAUUGGUAGAAAUUAAUUUGAAGUAAUUUAGCACAGAAAUAUAUUUUGUGUGUGUACAUGUAUGCACAUGAUUGUGUGAAUGCUGUGUGUGAGAAGGAAUGUAUGACAUGUAUAUAUGUACACACCUUCAUUGCAUGAAAUGGAAGUUAUAUUAACACACACACACACACACAUACACACAUACAGAGGGACCUUAAAAAACAGUAGUUUGAGACGUGAGAAUAGUGUUUAUUUGAAAAGUUUCUGAUUUUUCUUUUUCUUUUCCAAUAAGGUUUAGGAUAAGUUAGUAUAUUUUAGCAGACAGUUCUAAUAUUAUUUACAUUAAGAUAAUUCUUGGUCUAUGAUUUGCUAGGAGUUUAUGUAUAAAAGAAUGCAUGAUAGAUAUAUGAUUGUAGGGAUGAUUUAACACACACACACACACACACACACACACACACACACACACACACACACACACACACACACACACACACACACACA